CCCAGUGAACUGUGUGGAAGUUUCCCUGCUAAGACAAGAGGACUGCAGCGAGUGGAGUGGCGCAAAUCACUGGGAUAAAGAGUAUACAGCGAACAAAAACCUGAGAUGGGAGCGUACAUUUAUGAGUUUAUUAUAGAAUUAAACUGCUAGCUCUUGUUGGUGUUUGUGGUGUUACCUCACUGGAAAAGUCAACGGCAGGCUGGAAUUAUUGACGGACCUUUGACCCAGCACUCACUGGAAAUGACAUCAGCGAUUGACUGAACAGAGACUGCUCACCCUCUGUCAGGCCUCCCUCUUAAACCCACACAGCCUCUAUGCUCAUCAACCUGACUGUGGCUGUCAAGGAGUCUCGCACCUUUCAUGGAACACAGCCUGCCCCUGACGCUGUGGAAGUGACAGCCAUGGAUUCGCGUCUGGUGCUGGUCGCCACUCCGCCACCUCCCCAAGCACCACCACCACCUCCUCCUCCUCCGCCCCCACUUCCACCUGCGCCCUCCUCCUCUCCUUUUACCCGGGUGGACAGUGCACGGCGGAGCCGGCUAAGGAAGCUGAACUGGGAGCGUAUCCCCAAAGAGAAGGUGGAGGGUAGGAAGAGCGUGUGGAGUGGGGCGGCCCAGGGUGAGGACGAGUUCCCUAUAGACCUAAAUUCUCUGGAUGAGCUGUUUAGUCAGAAGGACAGUAAGCCUCAGGGCAGAACCAGCACCCUGAGACGGCGGUCCUCUCUGCUGCGCUGCAGAUCCCCCCAGGACAGCUCGGAGGAGAUCUCCCUGUUAGACUCCAAACGAAGUAUGAACAUUGGAAUAUUUCUGCGCCAGUUCAAGAUGCCUGCUAAGGAGAUAGUUGAGGAUAUCAGGCAGGGUGCUGGGGACCGUUAUGGAGCCGAGAAGCUCACAGAGCUCUGCAAAUUGCUGCCUGACAUCGAGGAGGAGUCUCGCCUGAGGAGGUUCAGUGGGGAGCGGAGCUGGCUUGGAGAGCCUGAUCUUUUCAUGCUGCUGUUGGUGGAAGUCCCCAGUUUUCGGCUGCGUCUGGAUGCCAUGAUCCUGCAACAAGAGUUUGACCCUGCUGUGACCUCUCUGUGUGUGGCAGCCAGAUGUCUGAGGGAGGCGGCCAGAGAACUGCUGAGCUGUCCUGAAUUACACUCCAUCCUUCGUUUGGUGCUGAAAGCAGGGAACUAUAUGAAUGCUGGUGGAUAUGCGGGGAAUGCCGCUGGUUUCAGAAUUUCAUCGCUGCUCAAACUGGCUGACACCAAAGCCAACAAGCCAGGCAUGAAUCUGCUGCAUUUUGUAGCUAUGGAAGCUGUGAAAAAGGACCAUAGUUUACUGUCAUUUCCCAGCCAACUAGGCCAUGUUGGCUCCGCCUCCAGGUUGGGUGAGGAGUCUGUAUUGGAGGACUUAUCAAAGUUAAAAUGCAGAGUGGUGGCGCUCAAGGAACACAUCCAGACUGAGGCAGAAAUUCAGCAGCAUACACAACCUUUCCUAGAGGUGGCUGAAGAGCGUCUGAAGGAGGCAGAGGAUGAGGUGGAGGGCAUGAGGAUGUCUAGUCAGGCUCUGCUGGAGUUCUUCUGUGAAGACGACAGCACCUUCAAACUAGAGGAGGCUUGCAAGGUCUUCCAUUCGUUUUGCCACCGCUUCCAAAAAGCUGUCCAGGAGAAUGCAGAGCGGGAGCUCAAAGAGCAGAAACGUCUAGAGCGUCAACGCAUGAUGGGGGAAAAGCGUCGCUCUCUGGCAGUUUGUACGGGGCUGGAGCUGAGCCUCAGCCUCGCCAGAGAGCCUCACAGUCAGGAGAACCAAGAUGAGCUGGAGAAAGUCCUAGAGAAGAGCUUGAGCCACACUUGGAGUCGACGUAGCCUGAGAAGCUCCGACUCCCGCAGACUUUCCCAUCAACUCCACAACGAUGCCCAUCUCCAUAACUUGUCCAUGUUUAAGAGCUUCCCUGAGCUGGGCAGCAGCCCGACGUCGACCAGUUACCACUCUAGCAGCUCCUCUGACCACGAGACCACCGCUGUGCUUUGUAGUUCCCCAGAGACUGAUGGCACAUGCUCCCCCACUGACAAAGAACCUGUUCUAGGUACAGAGAGCAGGUCUCAGCACAGCCAAGCAAGUAACCGGAGCAUGGAAUCAGUUCAGGACUCGGGCAUAGCUACAUUUAGUCAUUCUCAACAUGGAUGUGGCUUCACACUCAAGCAACAUAGGCCUGAGAGCAUUUCUUAUGUGCUUCAAGGCCAACCGAAGGCAACACGACUUGAAAACAAACCUGGAAUUUCACAUGAACACAUGGUUUCCAUGACCACUGAAUCUUCAACCAGAUCCUCUACAAAUUCUUUUCCUGUACCCACUGAUGCACCUGCCCUUUGUGUUAAAAACCAGACCUCCACUCAUAGACAUAGGUUUGGCCUGCCAGUGACAGACACUACUCGCCCUAUUCAGAGUAAAUCCAGUGGCUCUAGUUUUGAUGAGUCUGUACCUCACUCUCGUCAUACAAGUGGAAUACUUUCUCACAGUGACACCAGGGCUGGGUCGUUAAUGUACCAGAGAUCUGAGAGCCAAUCACAAUCAUCUGUAAAUGCUCCAGAGAGGGUCCAGUCACAACCAGAGACGAGAGAGACGCCCCCCAAUAUCACAACAAGUGCUCUGAUGCCUUUGCCUGAUGCAGAAUUAACAAAGCACAACAAGACAGAAGUGGCACCCACACCUGCGAAGGAGAAUUGGAUGCCCUCCAGUCUACCAGAGUUCAACCAAUCACAGCCAGAAGAAUACUCGGACUUUCCAAUUCCUGAGAGGGAGACAGGGAGGUCAUACUCCCGUGUGGUUGAAACACUGGAGUGCCACACUCUGGUGAAAGGCCUCCGGUCCUAUGACGCCUUGUCACCCCCAACCUCCCCCCUCCCACGACCCGCACCAAGCCUCUGCUCCAAGUGGAGGAAAGAGAGGGAGGGUGACCUUCGAGAGGGGACAAGUCCCGGGUCUCCUACAUCAAAGGACGAGACUCGAACCAUGAAGAUCCCUGUGCGUAGUGGGGCGAAAAGGGGACUUGUGUCACGUGCUGGACCUUCCAAUAGUGCAGGCAUUCCCAGGGUGCGCUCCAAAACUGAGCCUUCAAACGGAGCCCCAACCCCCACUAACCCCCCCACUCCCAGCCGGCUGUCUACUCCUCGUAGCAUAUCCAUGCGCUCAUCUCCUAUCGCACAGCCUGCGGCUGUUCAGACAGAGGUGAAACGAAGUAAUAGCACACGGGAGAGGACUGUAAGUGACCCACAGACUCCAGGAAAGCCCUACUUGACUCGCAGGACCUCAGACAGAUCCGUACCAGACAAGGUCUCAGGCAGCACCCAACCACCCUUUAUCAGAGGAUCUCCUCUCCGUGUGUCAAAACGACUUGCGCCGAAUUCUGAGAAUCAGGUGCCCUCCCAGCCUCGCACCGCCCACAGCCCGUCCUCCGCCACGGCCAAGACCAUACGCACGGCUGUUAUAUCUGCUGCCAGAAGUAAAACUGCCAAGACAACAAGCACAAGCACCUCUCCUGCUAGCUCUAAAAUCCCGACAGCUUCACGGAUACCUGGUCCCAAAAUGCCUCGAGCAACCGCAGCUCAGCCACUGUGGAAGUGAUGAAAGUGAAUAAGUGCUUGUGCUGCACGGUUCUUUCACACUUCUCUUGCCCUUUAAUGGAUUUCAGUUUAUUAUAUUCAGUGUGGGUAUUCAUGAAGAGUGUGAGUCAGGUUUCUGGUCUUAAUUUAGGUUGUCCUAAAUUCGACUUUUAUAAAUGUGUAUGUCGUUGCCUAGUGCCUAGGUUCUACAUAUGUAAAAUGGAGCUGCACUGGGAGCAUCUGGGACACUUUAUCAUGUGCUUCAUGCAAUAGCAGAAUAGUAGAUCCUCCAAAACCUACCUCUUUUUACACCCAUUUGUGUCCUUUGCAGGCAAAAGGACACCACAAGGAGACCCCUCUUACAGUCACUUUUCAUGUGUAGAACAGGUUAACACUUAAUUCACGUCAGUAAAGCAAGACCAAGUGACAUUACUCUGCGCUUUGAAAGAACAGAAUUGUAAUUUGGGACACUGUUUCAGUCUCUCUAGCAUUAAAAAAAAAGUAGUUGUUUUUUACUGUGACCCUUCCGCUGAGUGAUCAUUGUAUUCUCACACUUGGCUGUCUGACAGUCCAAACUGAACUCGGUACAAUAUUGAACUGUUCAUCCUCUUGUUGAGAGGCCUCAUGCACUUUACAAACUGAAGAAGAGGCCGCGAGGUGAUGAUUACGGACAUUUUUUAAUUUUAUGUCAAAAGAUUCUAUAACUUAAUUGAAUAGCAUUGGUUGUUAUUCACUGUAUUAUGUUGAUUUAUAAAUAAGAGAAGAUGAAUAAAGACGGUGAUCUGUCAUCAGCUGAAUUAAAAAGUA